AUGGCAGAUUUUCAGAAGGCGUUUUAUGCUGCGAGAGACGGCAAAAUUGAUGAAUUUAAUAAUUAUUUUAAUGAACAAGAUGUUAAUAAUAAAUCACAGUAUGGUCAAACCAUGUUGUGGGUUGCUUGCUUCAACGGACAUUUAGAAAUUGUUAAAUUAUUAUUAUCAUGUAAAACAAUUGAUGUUAAUUUGGGAAAUAGAGAUUCACCAUUAUACACUGCUUGCCAAAAUGGACAUUUAGAAAUUGUUAAAUUAUUAUUAUCAUGUAAAACAAUUGAUGUUAAUUUGACUGAUUAUAGAGAUUAUUCACCAUUAUACAUUGCUUGCCGAUAUGGAUAUUUAGAAAUUAUUAAACAAUUACUUCAACAUCCAAAUAUUGAAAUAGAUAGCACAUUGUCAGUGAAUGGAAUUAAUAUUCAAACAAUUAAAAGUAACAUGGAAAAAGAACAACAACAAAUAUUAAAAGAACAAUUAGAACAAGAAGAGUUUAAACAACUAGAAGUGGAAAGAUUAGAAAGAGACAGAAUUAAAAAAUUAGAAAUGGAAAGAUUAGAAAGAGAAAGAAUUGAAAAGGAACAUUUACUAAAAAUAGAAAGAGAAAGAUUAGAACGAAAAGAAUUGGAGAAAAAACAACCAUUCAUAAUCACAUCUGAAACAUUUUCAAAAUUAUGUUCACUCAACCAACAAAUUGAUAAUAAUAGAAGAAAAAUUGAAAAACAAUUUGAAUCAAUUCAAUCAUUUUUUUCUUCUAUUCAAAUUAAGAAAGAAUUUGAAGAUGAAUAUUUAACAAUUUGUGAUAAUUUAAAUAAUUGUUGUAAUUUAAUUGACAAAUUAACAAGUAAUAAUUAUAAUAUUGAAAAUAACGAACAUUUGUUAAAUAUUAAUAAUUUGAUGAAUAAUAUUAGAACUAUAUUGGAAUUUAUUAAUAAUCAAAAAUACUUAUUUAAAUUACAAUCUUAUUCAGAAGUAUUAAAAGACAAAUUACAAUUAUUUAAUGAAUUUAAUUCUCAAUUUAUUAAACAAGAAUUAUUUGACAAUAUUGAAAUGAGUGAACAAUCUAUUAAGAAUAUAAAAAAACAAUUUAAAACUAUUCAAAGACAAAAAACAAAAAUUACAAGAAAUUUACAUAUUGUAAAUCUAGAUAUUGAAGGAUUAAAAGAUGAAUUGAAACAUGUCAAUAAUGACGAUGAAAUUAAAGAUGAAAUUCAAACUAAAGAAAAGAAUUUAAUUGAAUUAAAAUCUAAUUUGAAGGAAAAUAUUCAAAAGUUAAAUGAAAUUAAAAUGAAAUUUCUUCAAUUAAAAACAAUUGGAUUUGAUAUUAAAUCAAACAUGACAAGUGAUUUAUUAUCUAAUUUAAAUAUUAAUGAAAUGACACCUGAAAUGUUUAAAGAAAUUAAACCAAUUCAAAAUUGGAAUGGAAAUCAUAAUGUUUUUAUUGGAAUUGAUUUAAAUGAUAAAAAACAUAUAAUUAAACAAUAUAAUUUAAAAGAUAAGAAAUCAAUUGAAGGUUUAGAAAAGGAAUUGAAAAUAACAAACAAAUUAAAGCACGCAAAUAUUAUUGAAAUUGAAGGAAUUUACACUGAAGCUGAUAACAAACACAGUACCACUAAUGUAUUUAUUGUAAUGCCAUAUUAUUCAAAUGGAAAUUUGAAAGAAUUUAUUCAAACUAAAAGAAAUCAUCAAAGUAAUACUUUAAAUUUAUUAUUUUGGGAAAGAACAUGGAGACAAUUAUUAAUUGGAAUUCAACAUGUACAUUCCAGAGGUGUUAUUCAUUGUGAUAUAAAACCAGAGAAUAUAUUUGUUGGUGAUAAAGAUGAAUCAACAGAAUAUUAUCCAAUUAUUUUAGGUGAUUUUGAUAUUAGUUUAGAUAUAACAAGUAGAACAAUGAAUUUAUUCACAAGAACAAGUGGAAUUGCUGGUACAUUAGAUUAUUUAUCACCUGAACUAGUGAAUGGAAAAACAUCAGCAACAUUUAGAUCUGACAUGUUUGCAUUUGGUAAAACAAUUCAAAAUUGUAUGACAGAUCAAGAAUUGAAACAAUUCAAAUCAUUGAAUAAUUUAUGUGAAGAGUGUUUGAAUUCAGAUGUAAAUUUGAGACCAUUUGCAUCUGAUGCACUUGCAAAUGAAUUCUUUAUGAAAGAAACAUUAUUAGAUGAAGUUAAAAUUCAGAAACAUGUUCAAUUAAUCGAAAAUCAAUCAAAAGAAUUGAAAGAUUAUCACAAUCAAUUGAAUGAAUUUGAAUUGAAAAUGAAAAAAAAUCAUGAAAAUUUGAAAACUGAAAUUUUAAAUCUAGAAAAGGAAAAGAAACAAUUUUCAAAUUCAAAGCAAAGGAAAACGAAGAAAUUUCAAAGAAAUUACAAAAUUUGA